AUUCCUGAGCCUCAGAAUUAUCGCUGCCUAAGGUGUGGUCAACUAGACCACACUAUGAUUAUAGCCUAGCGCUUGCAUGUGGAGAUUAAUAUUAUAUUGCAAAACUUCUGCCACUGACUGACUGUCUAUUGUCUAAAGAAGCAGUGCAGAAAUGCCUCAGAAGAAGAAGAGGGGAGCGGAUGACCAGGAAUGGUUGGUUAUGCAGAAGAGAACCUUCACCAACUGGAUCAACGACAAGCUAGCUGUAUCUGAUCACAAGAUCACUGAUCUAGCCAAAGACCUCGAUGAUGGAACCAUCCUCAUUGAAUUGCUGCAGAAUCUGAGUGGGAAGAUAGUUCCUGAAAGGCAUCCUGGCAAACCCACUAAAGCGUCUCAUCGUAGCCAAAACCUCAGUGCAGCCUUCACAUUCAUGACUGAAGUGGAGAAAAUACCUAUCCUUGAUACAAAUCCCAGCCACAUUACCAAGCACAGCAUUAAGGACAUUCUAAACCUUGUGUGGCUAGUCAUAUCUCAUUACUCUUGGAGUGAGACAAUGGAUGAUGACUCGAGAGCCUUGCUAUUGGACUGGGUCAAUGCAGCACUACCAGACAAACACAUCACUGAUUUCACCACCUGUUGGAGCGACGGAGUUAAUCUCCUUGCAUUAGUCAAUUCUUGUCGACCAGGACUUGUCCCUGAUCUCUCCUCGAUAGACCCAACAUCUGGCCGUGAGAAUAUCACACUCGCUAUGAAACUUGCUAAGGACAAUUUUUUUAUUCCUCAAGUGAUGUCCCCUCAAGACCUUGCUGUAGACAGACCAGACGAACGUAGUGUCAUGACCUACUUGUCAUAUUUCAGUAGCCCCAAGUCAUCCCUUCACAAAGCUCUGUUUCUGUGGGUCAAGCAACAACUCCCAGAGGCUGUAGAUGUCACCAACCUGGGCAAGGACUGGGUAAAUGGCACAGCUCUAGGUGCCCUCGUUAACUCUCUCUCCUCUGGAGUUUUUACUGACUAUGAACAAUUUGAUAGUAGCCAAUGUAUUGAGAAUUGCCAAGCUGCACUGGACGCUGCAGAUACUCUAUUGGGAGCUAACAAAACACUUACUGCUCAACAGUUUGCAGAUCCUCACCUAAACCUCCUCCGCCGAUCUAGCUACCUCCUUCAACUUCAUGGGUCUACUCUCAAAGUGACUGUGGACAAUGUGCAUCGGCCCAGUGAGUAUGGGACAGGGCAGAUGAUGUGGGUGGACCUUGCACUGCCUGGAGGCAACCUUUCCAUGAUACAGAGCUCUGCUAGUGGACUCAACCUAGGAGCUUUGGAAACUGUCAAUGAGGAUUUAGAAAACGGCAUAUAUCGAGUGAGCAUUGAGACAGUGCAUCCUGAUGAAUACAGCCUCUCUCUGACUGUUGGUGGAUUGUCUGUAACUGGAUCUCCAUUCUCUUGCAGUCUGGCACCCCCUAGCCCACAAGCUGUGCAACACCUCAACACUGUACUCCCUCGUAAAGUGGGCAUACCAGUUAUUCUAUCCUUUGAUGUCUCCCACGCUGGACAAGGGGAACUAAGUGUGGAGGCAGUUGGAAAUCUCUCUGGCCCUACUCCAGUCACUGUCGACACUUCUGAUCCAGCUAGGCAAAAGGUCUCUUUUAUUCCAAUGCAGAGCGAAACGUUUUCUGUAAGAGUUAUGUUCAGCAAAGAGGAGGUAUCUGGCUCACCAUUCCAACUGCCUCUCGACAGCCUCAUCCAUCCCGAGACUAUCAAACUGAGUAUUCCUGUAGUGGAGGGGCCAGGAACACCUGUACUAGUCACUCUGGACUCAAGCAAAGCAGGAAAUGGACAAUUAGAGGCACACUGUACUGGCACCAAUAGUGGUGCAGUAGAUGUGACUGUAUCUCAACUGGACGACCACACGGAAAUCUCAUUCACUCCAGCUAUUGAAGACAUGUACUAUUUAUCAGUGGCAUUUGACGGUACUGAAGUAGUGGGUUCACCUCUGCGGAUUGACCUUUACCCCCAACCCCCUGUUGCAGCAAAAGUGGAACUAAGCAGUCCACCUUCAGGUGCUCUGGAAACUGGCUGCCCCAUAUCCAUUGGGUUUAACACCACCCAGGCUGGACAAGGGAUCAUGACUGCUACCUGCCAUGCACACACACAUGGUGACAUACCAAUACAAGUGGACCAAACAGCCAAACAUGACUACCAAAUCUCAUUCACACCACCCGAUGAAGAUGUGUACAAUAUACACGUACUAUGGUCUGAUAAACCAAUCAAAGGAUCUCCCUUCAAAUUGGACCUCAUUUCAAAGGACCACCCUCAACCUAACAACUGCAUUAUUCAAGGUGCCCCGUUGACCUCUGACCUCAUUCUCACGGACGAAGAGAUAACAUUUCAUGUGAGUACAGCCAACGCUGGGAAAGGGACGCUCACUGUUACCGUGGAUACCGGCCCUAACAAAGCGACCUCUAGUAAUGACACGAUAGGUCCUCAAGUGAUGGCAAGCUCUGAGAGUGAGCACACUGUGAGAUAUACACCAACACAAGAUGGAGACCUGACAAUGGAGGUGCUAUGGGCAGGAGAGCCAAUACCUGGAUCACCACUCUCCCUAGCAGUCAUCACACCACAAGUGUCUGCUCUAGGUAGCCCUGUCAUAGUUAACCUCAAGACUGUGUACAAGCGCAAACACCUCAAGGCCUACGCUAUCUCAAGACGUGGUGGAGCUCAACUUAAAGUCAAUAUGGAUAAAAUAGCGAGUGGUGACUACAAACUAAUCUUCCAGCCAUCUGAACCUGGAGUGUACCUAUUGCACGUGUCUACCAAGGACAAACCAAUACCUCACAGUCCCUUCAUCAUACGCUGUGUUGACUCUAGUAAUCCUGAGGCCAUCAAGAUCAGUGGACUAGUAGACGAGGCGAAAGUGGGACAGCCAAUGGAGUUUGUCAUUGAUGCUAAAGAUGCUGGAUAUGGUGACAUCACCGUGGCCCCUCUUGGCUCUAUGUACAGUGGAGACUCUGCCCUCACUACACGAGACGCUGAUGUGAGGUCAGUCUAUCUCAGGGACAACAAGGAUGGGACCUACUCGGCUGUGUUCACACCAGAGUCUGCAGGUGACACCAGUUUGGACAUUCGAUUUGGCGGUGCAGGAAUUCCUGGAAGUCCAUUUCCUGUCAACGUUCUCCAGAGGUCCGAACAAUCGCCCCCUCAAACUGAAAAAAAAAAGAAAUCCAAGAAAAGCAGCAAAGGCGGUGCUCUCAUUUCAGGUCUCAAUUUGGAGGACGAGAAAUUUAUGGUUGGUAAUGCUCACAAGUUCAAACUGCAUUGUGACGACCUUGGAGAGGGAGACUUGGAGGUGACAACUAAACCACACUCUGCUGCUGAUGUUCAAGUUACUCACGUUGCUGAAGAAAACUCGUACUGGGUAGAAAUAACUCCCAAGAAGCCAGGCAAGAACGAUAUUCUAGUCAAGUUUGAUGGUAGCCACAUUCUGGGCAGCCCGUUCCGUGUUCAGUUCAUGUCCCGUGGAGAUGCAGCCAAGUGCAUGAUGGUAGACACAUUACCAGAGUGCCAGCAAGAACUAAAGAAGCAAGUCUCAUUCUGCAUAUCUACCAAGGGAGCUGGCAAGGGCAAGAUCAGUGCUGCUGUCAAGAGCAUAGCCUCCAAGAGUGAUGUACCCUCUGAGGUGCUGCGUGUGUCUAAGCAUCACUAUCACGUCCUCUUCUCCCCAAGUGAUGGCCUCAACUAUCUCAUGAGUGUACGUUAUGAUGAGGUACAUAUCAAUGGCUCUCCCUAUAAGAUAGCUCUGGGAGAUGCGUCCCUGUGUACAGUGGAGGGGGAGGGUCUGGGCCUCUCUUGGUGUAGUCGCUGGAACACCUUCAGGAUCAAUGUGGCAGACGCUGGACCAGGAGAACUAUCAGUCACCAUCGAGAGAGACGAUCCAGAAGAAGAAGUAGACGGAAUGAGAACAGAGCAAAACAUAUCGAAUGUCAAUGACGACCAUUACGAGGUUUCCUAUCAACCAUUCUUUCCUGGCAAGUACUGGAUCACUGUCAAGUGGGGCAAUAUCAAUAUUCCAGGAAGCCCUUUUGAUGUGAGCUGUCUGCAACCAUUGAAGCCAGAGCAGUUCUCAGUGGACCCUGUGAUUGUGACCUACCAAGGCAAGCCAGCCGCACUCCUCGUGUCAUGUGACUCUAUUGUAGAGGAGGAAGACAAACUCACCAUCUCUAUACAUUCAAAACAAGAACAGAAGAUUCUCGGAGAAGUUGCUAAGAAUAUAGACAAUCAAUCCUACACUUGCACUGUGUCCCCUCCUGAACUAGAGAAGUACUUUGUGUACGUGUUGUGGGACGAACAGCACAUCACAGGCUCACCAUUUGAAGUCACUAAUAUCCUGCCCCCCACAGUCUCUGACUUCCCUGUGCACGCUCUAGCCUCUGAAGAUGGUGUUAUUGCCGUCAAUGUAUCUGGACCACCUUACUCCUUCCGUUAUGGAUCUCUGACUGCUAGCGUACAUGACUCUCAUAACUCAGCUCUUGACAUACCUGUCAACAUCAGGCAGAGCUCGGAUGAACAAUGUAGUGUGGACUUUAGGCCCCUGCAAGGUGGAGAAUAUAAGCUGAGCCUCCAGUACGAAUCUGAGCACAUAUCUGGAUCUCCAUUCCAACUUCUUUCAACGGACGCCUCUCUGUGCUAUGCUCGUGGCAAAGGCUUGAGCCAAUCCCGUGUGAAUGAGUGGGCCAAGUUCAGUGUCUUCACAGAGAAUGGAGGUCCUGGUGAGCUGCGUGUUGAGGUGGAGGGGGAGACUCAAGGAGAAGGGGACAUCCUACUCAACUCUCUUGUCACUGCCGCUAGUGAUACUCGAUAUGACGUCACCUAUUGUCCCAGUCUCACUGGACCAUACAAGAUCUCUGUGUUCUGGGACAUACAACACAUUCCAGGAAGCCCAUUCAACAUAUUUGCCUGUGACCCUAAUCGCUACUCCAUACCCAAACGUCCCUCAGAGGGAACCCUGGACAAGCCUAUCAAAGUGGGAGUCAAGGAGCUCACUACAGCACCAGAGUACGAGAUAUUGGAAGUGUUUGCAAGUACCAAGGAUCAUAUCAAGUAUCUGGGUGUGAUUGAGAAAGGAUCUGAUGGUGCGUACAUUUGUUCAGUGACUCCACCCAAAGUUGGCAAGUACAUGAUCCAUGUACAAUGCAAUGGGUUUGAGAUAAAUCAAAGUCCGUUCAAGGUCAAAGUCUACCCCCCGCCCAGGCCAGAGAAGGUAACUGUGGGGGGUCCUGGUCUCACUGAUGGGACACUGGGAGAGACUGGAAGCUUUGAAGUGAAUGUGGUCGAAGCUGGUCAUGGAUAUCUGAGCUUCAAGGUUCAGGGUCCUAAAGGAGGUUUCAAGAUACACCUACAAAGAGACAGCGAGGACAGUGACAAGAUUCUUGCGGAGUAUCACCCCACACACACUGGGGCUUAUAUUGUGAGCCUCCUCUGGGCAGGAGAGCACAUUCCUAACAGCCCCUUUAAUGUGACUGUGUCCGAGACUCCACCACCAUCGCAGCAAAUGAGUCAGCUGCAGGAGGCUCAAGUUGAGAACGAAUGAGAGGACAAAUAACAUUGUAACAUUGUAGAGAGAAUAUCGAUAUCCUUAUCAACAGUUAGUUAUUAGAAAGUGAUAGUGUAUAUAGUUUGCUGAACACAAAAUUUAUGUUUUUACUUGUCGACCACAAAUUGUUAAAUAUAAUUAUUAUAUAAUUGUC